AGAUCUCCACCGGAACACGGUGGACAGGUGAAUCCCUCGUCGAAGACGUCUGAAUAGGUCGUCGAAGGUCCGUGGGCCAGAGCAUCAUCGUGGGCGAGCGAGAGCACGCGGAAACGUGGUCGCCAUGCCGGCAGGUAUUGGCGCUUCGUACAGGUCGUUAGGCGACCUGGGCGAAGACGUCUACAAAAGCACGACGAUCGUCGACCAAACACAGACCACCGGGCAGAGCGUCCUCGAGAGCGUGAAGAAGGCUUUCAGUUUCGCUUCGCCCAAGGUCGAGCUGAGGAAAAAGGACCCGCUGAUCGAGGACCGCCGUGAGAGCGUCUCGAUCGUCUCAAGCACGAUGCCUUCAGAUAGUAUGGAUGACAUCGAACUGAAAAAUAUUCAGCUCCAAUUCCCCGCGCUGCGAUACCUGUCGAGGGAUGACAGUUCUGUACGGGAGGAGAGGGUGGAGACCGACAAGGGAAGUCUCAUGGUCGCUGUCCAAGGGAACCGGGCGAAACCUGCCAUUCUCACUUAUCACGACUUAGGCCUUAAUUAUAUAUCGAGCUUCCAGGCAUUCUUCAAUUACAUCGACAUGCGUGUUUUACUCGAGAACUUUUGCGUCUAUCAUGUGAACGCGCCAGGUCAAGAGGAGGGUGCAUCGACUCUUCCAGAGGACUACAUUUAUCCGUCCAUGGACGAAUUGGCAGAGCAGCUGCUCUUCGUCUUGGGUCAUUUUGGCCUGAAGUCCGUAAUCGGUUUCGGAGUCGGCGCCGGAGCUAACAUACUAGCCAGAUUCGCACUUACCCACCCGGAAAAGGUCAACGCUCUGUGCUUGAUAAACUGCGUGUCCACCCAGUCAGGUUGGAUCGAGUGGGCUUACCAGAAGAUGAACGUUCGUCACCUGAGAUCACAAGGCAUGACUCAGGGCGUGCUGGACUAUCUGAUGUGGCAUCACUUUGGCAGGGGCACAGAGGAGAGGAAUCACGACCUGGUUCAAGUGUACAAGAACUACUUCGAGCGUCACGUGAAUCCAACGAACUUGGCGCUAUUCAUCGACAGCUACGUGCGCCGCACGGAUCUCAAUAUCACGAGGGAAUUAGACCCGAUACGUAAAAAGGAGGGUUUGACGCUUGGCGUGCCUGUCAUAAAUAUCACCGGAGCACUGAGCCCGCAUGUCGACGACACCGUGACGUUAAACGGUCGAUUAGACCCGACGAACAGCUCUUGGAUGAAGAUUUCUGAUUGCGGAAUGGUGCUGGAGGAGCAACCAGGCAAAGUAAGCGAGGCUUUCCGACUGUUUCUGCAGGGCGAGGGAUAUGUGGCACCGCUCUCACCACUGAAAAUGGCUGACUACCGGCUGGCUUCCCUCGAAGAACUGAACCACGUAUGCAUUAAGAAAAUCGACCGGCCCAACGCGACUAUACACAUCACCGAGAAUCCCAUAUCGGAGGCAGUCGUUUGCUAAAUAUCCCCCUCCGAAGACCCCUCGCCAUUACCAUAUAUUAUGAUUGUUCUCGAACGACAAAACAACGCAAGUCGAGCCAACGCGUCGAUAUCUCACUGAGGUUUCGUCCGGGCAACGAUCGACGUGGCGCUAAUUUUUUUCAGUUUCCUUUUCUUCUCUCGAACUUGUAGCGGUAAUCCUAUUCGACUUUUUAGUUUCAAGGAUUCCUUUUUCUUCCCAAUAGUUACC